CCCGCGGCAGGAAGGCCCCGGCGAAGGCGGGAGGAGGAGCAGCUCCGCUCCACAUGUCUGCCUGCUCUUAUCAACUUAUCCUAUAAGGAAGGGAAGCGAUCGAUUCGGGCACCGAGGCCGUGACAUCCUGGCACGGGCGAGGAGGAGCCAGGCUUACGGCUGGCGAGCCCGGCGGCCGGAUCCCCCAGCAGCGAGGGGAGGAGGGGGCGGCGAAGACUUUUGCUUUCCGCAUCUGACAGCUCGGGGCACGGCGGCCGGGAGAAGCCGGGACGUUUCCAGCUCGGAGGGUAGAAAAGCCCAGCCCUCCCCCUUGACGGCACAUGGCAGCAGGGCGCUCGGUUUCAGCGCAGGUUAACUAGGUCCGUGCUCCCGUAGCGCCCCGCAGCACUAGGUUUGCUGGGCUACCGCAGGGAUUAAAAUGCAGCUGGCUCCUUACUUCUUUUGGGGCUGCAGUAUUUUCUUAGCUUCAGGAUACAACUCCUUUAGUAAGAGCAUGGAGACGAUGGGCAAGAAGCAGUACCAGGUCCAGCAUGGGUCAUGCAGCUAUACCUUCCUUUUGCCUGAGACGGACAACUGCCGGUCUUCGACUUCUUAUGUGUCCAAUGCAGUGCAAAGGGAUGCACCUUUAGACUAUGAUGAUUCAGUUCAAAGACUGCAACUACUUGAAAACAUCAUGGAAAACAACACUCAGUGGCUAAUGAAGCUUGAGAAUUACAUCCAAGACAGUAUGAAGAAAGAAAUGGUAGAGAUCCAGCAAACUGCAGUGCAGAACCAGACUGCAGUAAUGAUUGAAAUAGGCACAAACUUACUAAAUCAAACAGCUGAACAGACUCGCAAAUUAACAGAUGUUGAAGCACAAGUAUUAAACCAGACAACCAGACUUGAACUUCAGCUUUUGGAACACUCUCUUUCAACAAACAAACUAGAAAGACAGAUUUCAGAUCAGACCAAUGAGAUUACUAAAUUACAAGAAAAGAACAGCUUUCUAGAAAAAAGAGUUCUUGAGAUGGAAGACAAGCACACUCUUCAGCUGAAGUCAAUAAAAGAUGAAAAAGAUCAGCUUCAGGUCCUAGUAGCCAGACAGAAUUCUAUUAUAGAAGAACUAGAAAAACAGUUAGUUACAGCUACAGUAAACAACUCAGUUUUGCAAAAACAGCAACAUGAUCUGAUGGAGACUGUUCACAACUUGCUUACUAUGAUAUCUACACCAAACUCUAAGAACAACUUCAUAGCUAAAGAGGAGCAAAUCAGCUUCAAAGACUGUGCUGAGGCUUUCAAGUCUGGACUGACAACAAGUGGAAUCUACACUUUAACAGUUCCAAACACUGUACAAGAAAAGAAGGCCUACUGUGACAUGGAAACUAGUGGAGGAGGUUGGACUGUUAUUCAGAGACGCGAAGAUGGCAGUCUGGACUUUCACCGGACAUGGAAGGAGUACAAGAUGGGAUUUGGUGAUCCUGCUGGGGAGUACUGGCUGGGAAAUGAGUUUGUUUCUCAACUGACUAAUCAGAAGCGUUAUGUUCUUAAAAUCCACCUGAAAGACUGGGAAGGGAAUGAGGCAUAUUCAUUGUAUGACCACUUCUCUCUAGCAAGUGAAGAACAAAAAUACAGGAUCUACCUUAAAGGACUUACUGGGACAGCGGGCAAAAUAAGUAGUAUAAGCCAGCCAGGAAAUGAUUUUAGCACAAAGGAUGCAGACAAUGACAAAUGUAUUUGCAAAUGUUCACAAAUGCUAACAGGAGGGUGGUGGUUUGAUGCAUGCGGACCUUCUAACCUCAAUGGAAUGUAUUAUCCAUUACGACAGAACAACAACAAAUUCAAUGGUAUCAAAUGGUACUACUGGAAAGGCUCGGGAUACUCUCUCAAAGCCACAACUAUGAUGAUUCGACCAGCAGAUUUCUAAAUGUUUUUGUAUUAUGUGAAUUAUGUAUUGUAUAGCCUUCAAAGACUUCAUUUUCCAAGCAUAUAAACACACAUCUGCAACUUGUCUCAUUUUCAAGUACAGAAAACAUGCAAGUGUUCUGAAGGGAUCGGUUCAGUACAAUUCCUGAAUUGCAAUAGCCUUGAUCAGCUAAAGCUCAUAUUAUUCAACCAGACACAAAGUCUAAAGUGUCAAUCUGAUAUAACAGUGAUUUGGCCAAACAACUGAAUAAAAAGAACAUCCAAGAAACCAUCAGACAACUUAAGGACACUGUUUUACUGGUCAUUUAUGUUAUGUAUGUGUUUGUUAGUAAAUAACUGGAACUGUGAAAAAUACCUAAAAUAGUUUUAGAAAUAUGCGUUUUGGCUCAUCACUGAACUUUAAACAUUACUCUAAUAUAAAACACUUAACUAGAUCUAGAACUAUUUAUCUCUCUGUGUCAUGUUUGCCUUUUAUGUACAUAAAAACCCCACUGUCCUGUAAUUAGCUGAAUACUGUACUUAAAGAAUACAUUCUUUCUCCCCAUAGCCUCCUAAAGAACUUCUUAUACUUAUUCAGGGCUCUUUCCAAUAGCCUGCCUGUAUUACUUUAUUUAACAGAGGAAAAGUAGCAUUUAAUUCCUUUGCAUUUAUUCUUGGGAAAUACUGUGUACAAAAAUCACUAUUUUUUUUCAAUUUGUACUUAUUACAGUCACUAUCUUAGCUAGCUGCAAAAAUCCCUGCAAAUUACAGCAUCUUAUGCAUACCCUUUACAUUAUUAUGAAGAUUGCACUUUUUUCCUUCCUUUGUCAUUUAACUGUAAAAUAACUUAUCAGUAUUUUAUAAACCAAUACAAUGGCAUUAACACCAGAUGUCCAACUGUGUAUGACAAUCAGUUAUCACCUGGUGCUGUAGUACAUCUAUACAUUUUGUAAUAAUAACCUAACUGAAAAACAUAUGCAUGUUAUUUGAUACAAUUAAAUUUAUGCUCAUGACUUAAGAAACAAAUUACUACAUUUCUAAAACAGGGAAAAACCCACCCUGAAAUUUAUCUAAGGUCAUACUGUUGUUUUUUUUUCAGUAAUGUUAGGACUUCUCCCUAAGAAUUCUCCAUAGGUAGGCCCUCAAUGUAUACCACAAUGUGAAUAAAUUACUCUACUGGGUGUUUUUUCACUUUUUUUUUUUUUUUUUUACUAUUACAACAUGCUUUAUAAUUGUGUACUGUACAUUGCAGUUCAGAAGAUAUUUCUUUAUAUUUCCCUAAUUUUGUGGAGAUUUUUCCCAAAGUAGGUUUUAAUUCUCAUGCUUAGUCUUUGCCUUAUAAUAAUAUUUCGAUAAAUUUUGAUUUCAGCAGGUGACUGAAUUAGUUAUAAGUUUAGAACCACAUCACAGAAUCAUAGAAUAGUCACACUGAAUCACACCAAAACAAGACCCCUAGACACAAGAUUUCUGGAGGCUUACUUAACAAAAGGCAUUGUAUCUUAAAAGCAGUAAAUGAUUUUGGGAAAGAUGGAAGAAAACUCUUCAUUUUAUACUGAUAGUCAUUAAAGCUGCUGUCAGAGCAAUCCACCACUCACACUACCACCGUUCUGCUUCACGCAAUAUAUGUGUCAGCAUUGCUGAAGGGUAGCAAUAACUUCUAAUAUGACUUCAUGAUCUGAUUUUAAAUAAGCCUAACAAAAUGUAAAUUAACAGUCAUCAUAUGAAGAGUUGCAUAAAAUAAUCUCAAUGUAUUUAAAAUUAAUAUUUUAUUGUUUCUCCUAGCAAACUUGUAAGGAUAUAUGGAUCCCAAACUACCCCCCCCCAAAAAAAAACAAAAAACAAAA